AUGAGAUUCGGUGCCUUGAUCAUGGCCGCCAGCGCCGCCGGCCUGGUGCACGCUUACCCCCGGAGGGAGAUGAAGAAGCGUGAUACCGGAUUCACUUGGGUCGGUGUCAACGAGUCUGGCGCCGAAUUUGGCGAGUCUAACAUCCCUGGCACUCCGGGAACCGACUAUACUUUCCCCGACAUUUCGAAGAUCCAGGCCCUGCGUAACGAGGGCAUGAACAUCUUCCGGGUGCCGUUCCUCAUGGAGCGACUCGUCCCGAACGACAUGUCUGGCAGCUUGGAUGCCACGUACCUGAAGCACCUGAAGGAGAUCAUCCAGUCCAUCACGGAUAGCGGUGCCUACGCGGUUCUCGACCCGCACAACUACGGCCGAUACUCCGGGAAUAUCAUCUCGUCGACAGCCGACUUCCAAUCCUUCUGGAAGACUGUUGCGGGCGAAUUCUCUUCCAACGAGAAGGUCAUCUUCGACACCAACAACGAAUACCACGACAUGGAUCAGUCCCUCGUACUGAAUCUCAACCAAGCCGCCAUCGACGGCAUCCGCGCCGCUGGCGCCAAGACCCAGUAUAUCUUCGUCGAGGGCAACCAGUACACCGGGGCGUGGAAGUGGGCCGACAACAACGACAACCUCAAGAAGCUCAGCGAUCCCCAAGACAAGAUCGUCUACGAGAUGCACCAGUACCUGGACACCGACGGCUCCGGCACGUCGGAGACCUGCGUCAGCUCCACGAUCGGCAAGGAGCGCAUGCAGACCGCGACGCAGUGGCUGAAGGACAACAACAAGAAGGGCUUCCUCGGCGAAUUCGCCGGCGGUGUGAACGAGCAGUGCGAGACUGCCGUCGAGGGCCUGCUGGACCACAUGGCGACCAACAGCGAUGUCUGGAUGGGCGCCGAGUGGUGGGCUGCCGGCCCGUGGUGGGGCGACUACAUGUACAACCUGGAGCCCGAGGAGGGCAAGGCGUCUGAUGCCUACCUGCCUAUCCUGAAGAAAUACUUCGUGGACGGCUCUGCGGCAGCGUCGGGCGCGGAUGUGAAGGCUGAGUUCGCUCCUGAGGCUUUCACGUCUGCUCCCACGUCUGCUCCCACGUCUGCUCCCACGUCUACUCCCACGUCUACUCCCACGUCUACUCCCACGUCUACUCCCACGUCUACUCCCACGUCUGCUCCCACGUCUACUCCCACGUCUACUCCCACGUCUGCUCCCACGUCUGCUCCCACGGACUCUCUCACUGCCACUCCUAUCGUUGCCCCCCCCACCAACGCCCCUGCACCCACCGGCACGGCCGAGCCCAACAAGGCCAGACCUCUCCAGCAGUGUGGAGGAGCCAACUGGGAUGGCCCUACGCAGUGUGUCGGCUCGAUGAAGUGCAUCGAGCAGAGCCCUGAGUACUCCAUGUGUGUCUAAAG